GUCAUCUUUGAUCCAUGACAUGACGUUCAGUAGAUGCGCUGUCGCAGAACCUGACCUCGCAACGCCGUCUCAUUAGUCCUCGUCACGAUCACCCGAAUCGCCUUCAUCACACCUCGCUAGCAACAUAAAGAGAUAGCUCCCAAGCUCUUCCAUGUCUCGAUAGCUUUACCCCUCCGCUCGUCCUCUUUGUCUUGUCUUACACACGAUCACCAACAAUAUGGAAAAAUACAGCCAAUUUCGCGACAGAGCAACGGGCAUUGCGCCGUUUCUUCCCGUUUCGACGCCCGUAUCAGCUCUCGCGACAUUCACACACGCCGCUCUUUUCCUCUUCCGCCUCCCAUUCUUCAUCGCUUACUUCCUCGGCUACUUCCUCUUCUUCCACUUCCUCCCGCUGCCAGUUAUCUUCAGAAAGGUUGCACUAUGGGGAUUGAUGGCCAUACCGGGAAUAUGGUGGGUUGACCUUCAGCUCGACGGUGUCAAACGUGGCACCCUCGCUGACCAACCCCGCGAGCGUUUCCCGCACCCUGGCUCAGUUAUCGCUGCCAACUUCUCGAGCCCUAUCGAUGCGAUCUACCUCGCCGCUAUUUUUGACCCGAUCUUUACCAUUUCGUACCCCGAUACUCGCAAGGUGCAGCGUGUGAGUUUGCUGGGUGCUGUUCUGGCAGCUCUCUCGCCUGUGCAGACUGGCCCCCCUAAAAAUGCGAAACUCGUCGAGAUCAAGGACCUUUUGGACAGCAACCCGGGCCAGAUUAUCGCUGUUUUCCCUGAAUGUGGUACCACCAAUGGCAAGGCUAUUCUGCCUUUCAGCCCGAGCAUCCUUCAAACACCAGCCGACGUCCAUAUCUUCCCUGUUAGCAUCCGAUACACGCCCUCCGACAUUACGACACCAGUGCCUGGAAAGUGGUUCCGCUUCUUGUGGGAUCUCCUCUCUCGACCGACGACGUGCAUUCGUGUGCGCAUUGCUGAAGGCCAAAUCAACACGUCUGCCGCCAAGACCAAUGGUGUAACAUCUUCCUCUUCCGAGCUACGCAACCGUGGUGACGCUAGUUCCAGCGUUUCCCCUGAUGAGCAGCGUGUCCUUGAUAGAGUAGGCGAGGCACUCGCCAGACUAAGCCGCGUCAAGCGUGUUGGACUUACAAUGAAGGAUAAGGCGGCCUUCGUGGACGCUUUGAACGGAAAGAAAUAAAUACUUAUGGAAGACUUGGGAGAAUACAGGGUUGAUACGAUCAACAGAGAGGCCGCUUCGUUUGAAGGGAAGCUGUGUUUGGAGUUCGCAUUGCAAGGAGCUAUUGGAGGUCAUUCUGUUCAGUCGGCCUAAUACCCACAAUCAUUCGUGGAUUUGCGUUGUAUUAUUGUGUUUUGUAUUUUGGUUAUUUCAAGAUGCGAAUUCUACGUUAUAGCUUGUUAGGUAGACUUGUUGAGCCCAGAGCAUUUUCACGUAUUAGCGAGGAGGCACUUUGAAGGCAUUAAGAACGAAAAAAAC